AUGUCAGAUAGGGAAGCAAUGAGUGAACUGUCAUCGUCAGUCUGUGAAGGCGUGGGCUACAAUAAGGUCUUUCUAUCGGGGCGUCGUCAUGAGGAGGAUUCCCCUAGGUCCCCAAAAAGGGAGCCGUCCACCCAGUCCUUGAGUAGUGAGAAUGAAGAGGAUGAUGGGGAUGUGGAGGAUGAAUAUGUCAAGCGAGAAGGGGACGGAAUGGAAGAGGAGGAUGAGGAGGAGUUUGAGGAAGAGGAUGAUGAGGAUGAGGGUGAGGAUGACGACAGUGCUCCUGAAAGAGGAAGUCCAAGAAGCCCAGGAGAAGAAAUGGAGGCAGAGAGGCAAAAAGCUUUGGUAAGGGUGUCAGCCGCGACCCGUAAGCAAAAGGAAAAGGAGGGAGCCUCGACGUCGACUCCCAAGGUCGUCACUAAAGGGUCGUCAAAGCUAAAGAAUGAAGGGAAGGAUAACCGUCCUCACAAGAAGGGAUCGAGCACUCUUGUUGGUGACAAGCAGCCAAAGCAGCCAUCGCCCCCCAAACCCAACCAUGGAGUUGGCAGAAGGUUAAUGACAAGGAAGAGUCCCGUCACUUAG